CACAACAAAUACUAUAUGUACAAAUCGGAAGUUUCUUUUUUUGUUCAGUAUAUGUCUACACAAUCGUCUGCGUGACCUAGAAGCAUAUCACAAGUCCCUGACAUGCCUGGGUCACUGUCCAGCAUAUUAUUUAUGCAGUGUAAAUGUUGGAUCACUGAGUAAAUACUUACAGUGUUUAAAGAAACAUGGCCUCUCAAGAUGUCGAGCUAAAAGACGACAAAGUCAGCAUAAUUGGCUGUGGUUAUUUCGGCAGCUCCUGGCUGAUGUUAUACGUACGAGGGGGUUAUCGCGUGUCUGUGUAUGACGUCAGUUCAGACAACAUGAGAGCGUCCCUGGCGCAGAUCCGGACGGAAUUGUACCAUCUGGAAGAGAACGGACACGGCAAGGAAGGUUUUACAGCCGAACAGCAGUUUGAACGAAUCACUAUCUGUAGCAGUGUGGAAGAAUGCGUCCGGAAUUCCAUUUUAGUGCAAGCAAGUCCUUGAGUCUGUUUCUUUAGAAGUCUGUAUUAAUACUGAUACAUUUUUAUCAAUUAAAAAAAAAAAAUUCUAUAUAAUCCUUGCUGUAAUAAAAAAAAGAAAAAAAGAGGCAGGGGCAAGGAAACAUUUUUUCCAAUUGAACAACUGAUUUCAUUUCUUUCUUAUUUAUUUUGUACUUACAUGCAAAUAAUGUUCAAACGAAACAAAAAGGAAACAUCUGUAUAAAUUUGUAAUAAAUAGCAACCUUUCCAUCUGAAAA